UCCUUAUCCCGAUCCCGGUCCCGUCCCUGCUGCCCCCUCCAUGGAGCCGGCCGAGGUGGAAUUCUUGGCCGAGAAGGAGCUGGUGACGAUCGUGCCCAACUUCAGCCUUGACCGGAUCCAUCUCAUUGGGGGGGAUCUGGGUCCUUUCAAUCCCGGAUUGCCGGUGGAAGUGCCUGUCUGGCUCGCCAUCAACCUGAAGCAGAGGCAGAAGUGCCGGGUGAUAGCUCCGGAAUGGAUGGAUGUUGGGAAACUGGAGGAAAUCCGGGACCAGGAACGCAAGGAGGACACCUUCACUCGCAUGCCCAGCCCCUACUACAUGGAGCUCACAAAGCUGCUGUUGAACUAUGCCUCAGACAACAUCCCCAAGGCCGACGAGAUCCGCACGCUGGUGAAGGAUACCUGGGACACCCGGAUAGCCAAGCUGCGGCUGUCUGCAGACAGCUUCGUCAGGCAGCAGGAGGUUCAUGCCAAGCUGGACAACUUAACCUUAAUGGAGAUCAACACAACUGGUACCUUCCUCACACAAGCCUUAGAUCGCAUGUACAAGCUCCGGACUAACCUUCAGCCUGGCGAGGCUGCCCAUUCCCAGGAUUUCUGAGGUACCAGCCAGGCCAUCCCCAAAACCCUGCAGGAGAGGGCAGAGGAAGGGAGCAGGCUCCACAUCUUGCCCUUGGUCCUUCACCUGGCCAAGCCUCCAUCUCCCUACACACAUCCGAAGCCACCCGUCUCCAUACAGCAGCCUGAACCCUCUUUGCAGGCAGCAUUCCAGGUGGCUGGGAAUGGCUCCAGAGCUGCCGAUGGAACGGGAGCAUCCCUGCACGGGAGCUCCUUGCUCAGAGGUGGGCCUCCUGGGGUUAAGAGAUGUGCUUUAAUGCAGGUGGUGGCUUGCCAGCACUACCCUGCUGCUGCCUAAUGGGGCCGGGCGGAUCUGUGCGCCCUCAAGAGUGGGUGUACUUCAUAGAGGGAACUUCUGAGGGCAGCACAGGCCACACACUGGCUUGAAAGCAGUACAUUUCCAGGCGUUGCUUUGCCAUGGAUCUUUCUCAGAGCCUUGGAAAAGGGGAAGAGAUGGACAGGGCAAUGAGAGGUGCCUGCUGGGGAGAUCAGCUGGGAAGCAGACCCAGCUGCUCUUUGGAGGAGGACAAAAGAACAGGGUUUUCCCCUCUCCAUACCUUGUAAUACAUCACUCCUGCCUUGUUUUAACCUGAAACCGUGUGUGUGUAUGUGAAAAAAGGAAUAAAAACGGUGAUUUCAGCCAAGUGAAUGGCAUCAUUCUGCGCACAGAGCAUCCAUGGGUUAACCCAUGGAAAAACCCACGGCUCUCCUCCUUUGGCUCCAGCCCCAUUCCCCCUGCG